AUGACUGCACCAUUAGUUACCACCCGAAAAAAAACUAAUGUAAUGGUUGAUGCUUUGAGCCAGAAAUUAGUGAGCGCAUCGGUUUCAGCAGUUGUCCUACAACAUCAAAUUGUGAUGGAUCUAGAUAGAGUUGGUGGACGAAGAUCCUUAGGUGUUCAUCGCCAGUUUAGUUGUUUAGCCAACCUGGCGAGAGAGAAUCAAGACAGCUUAGAAGGAAGAUGGGAGCUGGUGGAGGUCAUGGAAGGAGUGUGGAAUGGAUUGAAGCCGAAUUUCAAUGUCUCUGUUGAUGGGAUUUUGAGAUUCCAUACCUGGAUUUGUGUACCGAAUGACGUUGAUAUUAAAUGGCUCAUUCUAGAGGAGGAUCAUCGCUCUCUCUAUACUAUUCAUCCAACAAGUACGAAGAUGUAUAGAGACUUGCAGGAAUUGUUCUGGUGGAGUAACAUGAAGAGGGAAAUUGCUAUAUUUGUGGAGCAAUGGCUGACAUGUGAUUACGCGCUUAAAUUGCGUAAUUAG